CCCAACUAAGCAAGAUUGUACCCUCAAUGUCCUUUUCUUGAUGUUCAAUGUGUGGUCUAUAUUAAUUACAAGCACCACUAGUGAGGUAAAUAUCAAUUUCCUAACUAAUUAAGCAUGCUUAACAUCUUAAUUUAUAUAUUUACCAGGCUGACAUUGCAGCUCUUUAUUGGAACUUAUAAAUCUAUGAAAUUUUCUUAAAGGGGAAAAUUGAAGUGGUCUCUAAAGCGAAAAAGACGUGGAGUUAAACAAAUCCCAAAAAAAUAAAAAAAAAUUAAACAAAUCUUCCAUUGUCAAGAGUAGUUUCUUUCUCCCAUUUUAUUGUUAUUAUUUUUUUGUAUAAAUCUGUCAUGCCCCUUCAUUUCGUUUUAAAAGAACUGCCAACAGCGGCACAUGAAAUCCUUCCUAAAUCAAUCAUGUUCUUCCAUUAUCUUCACUCGAUUUUCCGGCGAUACGGAUGGUCUCCAUCGCUGCUACAGGCGGCGACGUGGACGGUUAUGUUAACGUCAGUGGUAGCCAUGGCAUCAUUCGCGCCGGAGAUGGC